AUGGCUAGCGGAUUGCGAAGCACCCGGCCACAGUAUCGCACCGUCGGUGCCACGAGUUUGAAGCCUGCUUUUGGAUCGAGCGCUGGAGCUUCGAGGCCAGAAUGGUUGUCCGGCCGAAGCAAGACUACAGCUCCCAGCGAGCCGUCUCGAAGCAAUGCGGUCGAAGGCGUUCCGAACGAAAAACCGUUGAAAAAAUCGCCGUCAGAUUCGGGAAGAAAGCGAAAAGACAAGAGGCAUUUAAGAGAGCGAAGACAUGGAACUGGAGUCGUCAUCUUGCCUGGCGGAGGACAGGUAUGAUUUAUAAAUUGCCGGCUUUCUGCCCACAAAUAGAGUGGUCAUAUAGAGUAG